AUGACGGUCACUACGGACGUCAUUCAGCGAAUUGAGUUUCGCACAAAACGCAACGUUGUCAAUCGUUACAAUUAUCGGCUACUUUGGGAGUACGAGACAAAAACACCAUUCGGCAUUCUCGGCAAAUACCUGUCAAGAACAAUCAAAAUGAUCAAAAAUAAGGAUCAGCAACAGCAGUCGUUAGCACAGCUCUUUUUUUUCCCAAAAUUGAAUAAUGCGCAUAACGAGGAGCAAGAUAAAAUGGAGAAAAUAGUGGAACUGGUGAAAUUAAUACGAAGCGCAGCGAAACUGGCCAUGGCGGUCACUGGUGAUAACGGGACAACAGAGUUCGACAAGCAGGCAGUUAAGUUUGCAUCACCGCGCCUAUUAUCUCUUGUGCCCGAGGAAAGCCGGGAUGAGAUAAAUAUGUUAUCACCAUCGGUGUUCAGUUUGCAUGACCGAGGCACGGGUUUGGAAAAGCUCAUCAGCGUUCCCGGAUUACUUAAGUCGACGCUAGGCCACGACUAUGAAGAAUGGCUAAAUUUCAUUGCUGAAGCAUCCGGCGCAACGGAUUCCCUCCAAAAAGUGGAAGUUGGUUUCCAACGAGUACUAGUUGCCAGCAGUACUAUUACGCGUCCUCCUGAAAAACUGCUGAAUUAA